UCUGGAGCCGAAGUGUAUGCAAAGAAACUGAUAAAUAGGGAAAAGGCCCAGUUUGCUCCAGCUGGAAAUCAGAAAGUUGAAGUAACUGCUGCAUCCUCACAGACCCACUCUAGGAAGAGAGGGCAUUCUCUCCAGAACUACUAUUUUCUUCUUAAAAGCCCAUCAUACACCAAAGUGAAUGAAACAGUUGGAGCUGGAGCAGAGUAUGGCAAAUACCUUUGUAACUGUAUCUGAUGGGUACUGUCUUGCUGAACCCAUUCAAUAUUAUGAUGUUUUGCCAGAGCACAUCAAUUAUCAGCUACAAGACUCAGACUUUCAGGCUACUCCUUACUGCCAGUAUUCAACUGUUCAGUUUCCUCCAGUGUUACAGUCACAACCUUCCCAGUCACAAUACAACACAUACAGCCUGGAUUCUCAGUACAGUGAUGGGCAGUACAUAAUCAGUAAUUGUGAAUUAAACCAGCCUUCCUGCAUGGUUGCCCAUAAUAAUGAUGAUGAUGGAUAUCAUAGACUAAAAAGGCCAAGACUAAGUCAUUCCUCCUUGCGAAUGAAGGGUCAGGAAGAGCUCUGUGUUGUAUGUGGGGACAAAGCCUCGGGAUACCACUACAACGCGCUCACUUGUGAAGGCUGUAAAGGAUUCUUUCGACGUAGUAUUACCAAAAAUGCAAUAUACAGAUGCAAGAAUGGUGGCCACUGUGAAAUGGACAUGUACAUGCGGAGGAAGUGUCAGGAGUGUCGCCUGAAGAAGUGUAAGGCUGUGGGAAUGUUGGCAGAAUGUUUGCUGACUGAAGUCCAGUGUAAAUCAAAACGACUCCGAAAGAAUUUCAAGCAGAAGAGCAGUUUCCUUUGUAGCAUCAAGGUGGAAGAUGAGGGAGUAAACAGCAAGCAUGUUUCAUCCACAACUAGAUCUGGAAAAAUCCAAGGGAGGAUGGAACUUACUCCAGUGGAACAUCAACUUAUUGAUCACAUUGUUGCUGCCCAUCAAAAAUAUACAAUUCCCCUAGAGGAAGCAAAGAAGUUUCUGCAGGAAACUGCAAACCCUGAAGAGAGUUUUCUGAGGCUCUCAGAGACAGCAGUUGUUCAUGUGCAAGUACUAGUGGAUUUCACAAAGAGACUCCCAGGAUUUGAAAGUUUAGCGAGUGAUGACCAGAUUGCAUUGUUAAAAGGUUCAACAGUGGAAGCAAUGUUUUUGCGUUCAGCCCAGAUAUAUAAUCAAAGAGUUAAUGAAUGCCAAUCAUCAGUGAGUGAAAGUCAUGUAAGAUUUUCUGAUCAUGCUGUGUAUUGUCAUGUUCAAGACCUUGAUAAAAGUACUAUUUAUUCCAUGGAAAUAUCUCACAGUGAAGAGAGUCCAACUUCCACAACUACCACAGGUAUCACCGAGGAGUUUAUCACUGCGCUAUUUUACUUCUACAGAAGCAUGGGAGAACUUAACGUGACUGAGACGGAAUAUGCCCUACUUGUAGCAACUACUAUAUUUUUUUCAGAUCGCCCACUCCUAAAAAACAAACAACAUGUGGAAAAACUCCAAGAACCCCUUUUAGGUAUUUUGUACAAAUAUUCAAAAAUUUAUCAUCCAGAAGAUCCACAGCAUUUUGCACGCCUCAUAGGGAGGCUUACCGAACUCAGGACCCUCAAUCAUAACCAUUCAGAAGUGCUAGUAAUGUGGAGGACAAAAGACCCCAAACUGACCUCUUUACUCUGUGAAAUUUGGGAUUUGCACUGAACACCUUACCUAUAUUACUGUUAUUACACACAUGGCUGAUUUUCUUUAAAGUUGCAGAAAUGCACACUGUUCAGAAACAUAUUACUUUUAUAAAAAUAUACUAAAAUUUUCACUUACUUUAUAUGGCUGCAGCGUCUUCAACAAAUAUUGUAUUUAUCUAUAGUAAUCUAUAUUUUAAACAAAAAUUGGAUGCAGUAGUCGUGCUCUGUUGAAGUGAUCCAAUAUAAAACAUAUAAAAUUUAUCUUAAACUUUAUUACUACAAAUGGGGGCGGGGGGAAGUAGGAUUUAAAUCAGUUUCACAGUUUGAACUGAGUCCCCAGAAAAAAUACAGUAGCAGAUCCUUCAUUUAAAAACAAACAAAAAAUCUAAUCAUCCAUGCAAAGUUGUAUUCUGCUCUUACUUAGGUACUAUGAUUCUAAUAUUGUCGUGCCAUUAGACUAAAAAGUUAAUUUCCUGGGAUCUGUUCAACUUGUGCAACAUCUUCCUUGCAAGAAUUAUGUAACCAUGUUGGGAAAUUUGACAGAUGUAUAAUCCAGUGGGUCCAAAAGGCCCCAGAAAAAGUAGGAAAAAGGAUACAGUGGCUCAAGUGGACACUGCAAGUAUGUUAUUAAAACUUUUAAAAUCUUGAAGGCUGAGUGCAUAAAUUAUUUGUCACCUGAAUGUGACCCUGGCAGGAUUAUUUUUACUCAUGAAUUACUCUGGAAUGGUUUCUCCAAAGCAGAUAAGCACAAUAUACUUUUUCAAUUUCAGCAAUAUAGGUCUCCCCCCCUCCCGCCUUCUUUCUUACCUACUAUGCGUGAAAUCCUGUCCACACUGAAGUCAAUACCAAAAUGCCAACUGACUCCAGUGGGACCAGGAUUUAACUCCGUAUUUUUGCCUACCAACCAUAUUGCAAGUUUUAUGGAGAAUGUCAUAAGGACUCCCCAUUAAUGCUUGAAUUCUCGGUUACAUUUAUCAUGACUAUAAUGGGGUAGAAGAUUCCUAUAUGCAUUUGAGGAUUCUUUUUCAAGACACCAGUCCCAACUACAGGCACUCAAAUUCAUUUGUUGUACAACAUCAUAAAAUAAAAUGGAAAUACAGUAGAAAUUAAUGUUACUUUUCUCCAACAAUGGUCACAUUCUGGACGGGUUGAGAUCAAUGUUCUACUGCUGGCAUAUGCUGUUCCAGAGUAUGCUCCAUCUUCCAGCAUAGGCUAUAUAAUCUCAUUUCCUUAAUGGGUGCAAGGACUCCAGCAGCAUGCUUUUCCUGCAUCAGACAUAGCAUCAUGAUAGAUUAUGUUGGAGGCAGAAUACUAUGAAGAGUGAAAUCAUCCUUCUCUUACUCAGAAUCAAUAGAAUUACUUAUGUGAGGCUGUCAUGGGGUGGAUGUACCCCAAGCUAGGCUAGCAACCAAAGGGUUAUUACAAGCAUUGCUAGCCACUGCUGAUUGGCAGUCUCACAGCAGCUGGGAGGAUAAAAGUGCUGGGAAGCAGAAAGGUGAGGUGGCUGCCAGAGGAGUAAGCAGGCCAGAGAAAGGAGCUUCUGCCAGCAAGCUACUAAAGAGCUCUCCAAAGACAACAGCUCAGGAGGGGAUGAACUGACCAACAGGUGAGAGCCUGCAGAGAUCCAGGGAAAGAUAGGAAGGAGCUCAGAGCACUGUCCGUUGAAGAAUCCUGAUCCUGCUUAUCUAGCUUUAGGGAUCAGAGCUGGAACCCUGUGGAGUGGGUUCCCAUACUGAAAAACUUGCGAGUGAGGAAAGGUUUGGGGGGGAGGGAUAGCUCAGUUGUUUGAGCAUUGGCCUGCUAAACCCAGGGUUGUGAGCUCAAUCUUUGAGGGGGCCAUUUAGGGCUGUGGGGUGA